UAUGAGACUCCUUGUAUAAUGGAAAACCGGCAAUGGAAUCUCUGAUAAAAACAUUGGAAAUGUGCUUCUCUAAACUUUUGUUGAUUUUGAGCAUUUUUUAAAUUUCAUAAAUAAUACAAUAUAUUAUUAGCAUCCACGAGUGCCAAGCAUCCUUUGUUAUCCAAAGUGAUAACGAAGAUGUACUCUUAAUCUGUUAUUAUUAGCAGAAUGAACACGGUUGCCUGAUUGUGUAAAAAAAACAAUAAAUAUGGAUUUGCAAUGGUCUCCGAAAAGAAGCGAUCAUUUAGUAAUUUGGUCGCAGGAUAUCACUCUCUAUCAAAUCGAAGAAUGUGGGGGUGACGAGGCGCUGAGACAGGGUUCGAUUCGUUUAUCUGACACUAAAGCUGCAGCAUAUCUUGCAAAAAUUACGGAUUUUCCAUAUUCGAAAGUGGUUGAAAUAUAUCCAGGAGAUGUCGAAGGACUUAUCGCAUGUGGACUUGUGAACGGGAAAAUUGCCCUGACUUCCUUUCUCAACCCUGCAAACAACAAAGAAAUUGCCCCCAAACAUCCUCGCCAAGUGCUUUCUGUGCAGUGGAACAAACUCCAGCCCAAUUUACUCGCUGCCGGGUUUGAGAAAGCUAGGUCAGAUCAUGCGGUCGCCGUUUGGGACGUGACGACAAUUGGGUCGAAACAGCAACCGAAUGGUUCCUCCAAUGCAAAUCCGAUGGAAGAUGUCCACCCCUUAGUUGAAUUAGGAAUUAAUGAGACUGCCUCUUCCCUGUCGUGGGUCUUACCAAAAUCUAUUUUAAUAGGAAUGAACGGCAAACAUAUCAAACUGUUUGAUCUGCGAGACUCCCAGCCUAAACUUGGUAAUACCACAUCCACCAAAGCUGUGAAUGGAAUCAGUGUCGACACCCUUUGUCAUAAUCGUGUUGUCAGCUACGCUGAAAAUCAAGCAUUCGUGUGGGAUAUGAGAAAUUUUGAGAAACCUUUCGUUGUACUUAAUCAUUCCAAACCAAUAUCAAAAGUUGCAUGGUGUCCAACGAGGUCUGGUUUGCUGGCUUGUUUGGAAAAAGAUUCAACAUUUCUAACACUCCAUGAUGUCCAUCAUGCUGCGCUUUCUGAGGAGGGCGAUCCAGCCGUUUUGGAACGCCGAUUAUACCCAGCAUAUUCUGAAGAUGUUUGCAAUCCAAAUUGUGCAUCCCCACCUCUAUGUUCUUUCGCAUGGCACUGUUCAGACGAAAAUUUAAUUACGACAUGCACACCCAAAGGUGUACUUUGGAAUUCUGUUGUGUUUGAAAGGAUGACUUUGAAUUGGUCAUCUACUUCAAAGUUUGGAUGGUCGAACGGAAAGAAAACCAUUUUGUACAUUGACAAUACUGAUAAACUGUAUACAUUCUUGGAUGAUAUUUCUGUAAAAAUGAGACAACGAGCAAUAGAUGGGUAUGGUCUAAAGACAACAUUACGAGAGAACGGAAUGGUGGUACAAGACUCUGAAACAACAAGAAAUAUUUGGCUUUGGCUGGAUUAUUGUAAAGCUCUCACAGAAAAGGAAAAAUAUUUGGUUCCGUCAGUUGGGACAUUGAAAUAUCCUGGAGUUCGAGUAGUUUUAAGAAUUGAUUCUGCUGUGGGUGCUCCAGCCGGCUCUUUAAAGUCCGAAGUAGUGAAUAAUACCUCUUUCGACCUUCACAACAAUAAGACUUAUAGACGAUCUUAUAGGAGCGAGGAAAGAAGUUUUAUACAACAACUUUGUGGUUGGAAUCAAGGAGUUCUUCAGGAUUUACAAGGGUCACCAACUAGGAGAGCAGCUAUUGCGUUGUUUCAUCUGAAAAUGAGACAGGCUAUAAAAAUAUUGAACGAGUCGAAUCAUUCCAUUGUAGCAAUGGCAAUCGCUGGUUUUAACGACGACGAAUCUUCUUUGUGGCGAGAAUUAGCUCAAUCAAAUUGCAAUCAACUAGACGAUCCCUACAUUCGUGCCAUAUUUGCUUUCUUAACAGAGUCUGAUAGCAACUACGAAACAAUUUUGAAGGAGAAAGAGAUUUCUUUGGCCGAUAGAAUGGGCUUUGCUUGUUCUUUUUUACCUGAUGGCAAAUUGAUAAGUUUUGUGAACGAGCUGACCCAUGAUCUUAUAAAAACUGGCAAUCUGCCGGAAGAGAUCCUUGAUGCUGUUCUUCUAACAGGAAUGACGACACAAGCAAUUCCGCUUCUGCAAAAAUAUGUCGACUAUACCGCUGAUAUACAAACAGUUGCACUACUUGUGGUAAGAACGAUGGCUUUAGAAAUUUCAAACAGUUCUUUACUCAAACUGUGGACUGAACGCUACAGGGAGCUCUUAGAUUCUUGGAAAUUGUGGGAACAACGAGCAGAAUUUGAUAUUGUUAAAAACACUAAUAAUCCAGCCUUAGUUCCUCAACCAGAAGUAUCAGUUUCGUGCAACUUUUGUGGUAAAUCAAUUUCGAGUACUGGAAUGACUAAUUUGGCUCGCAGUGCCCAGCUAUUUAAUCGGUUCUCAGCUUCCAAUGCAAAAUUGAAGUUAUCCUGUUGUCCUAGCUGUCGUAAACCACUGCCUAGAUGCUCCAUUUGUCUCAUGCACAUGGGUACAAUUUUAGGAACUUCAAAGGAACUUCAGCCCCUUUUACCUUCGAGCAUGACAUCAUCUGAAGCGGUUGCCUGUUGGUAUACGUGGUGCCAAUCUUGCCGACAUGGUGGUCACACGCUCCAUCUACAACAUUGGUUUGAGACGCAAGCGGAAUGUCCUGUGUCCGGUUGUACCUGCAAAUGUAUCACCUUGGACAGAGUCGUGGAUUUUUCCUCAGGAGGAAGUUAGAACAUUCAUUCGAAGUGAAAAACUACAAAGUCUGGUCAUUAUUAUUAAGACGAACUAAAUAUAACGAGCUUGUGAAAUGAAUUAUUUUACACAUUACUAUGUACGAAUGGCAUGUUAUUGAAAUACAAUUAUUACUCCUCUUUGUUACUAUUCAAAAUCCUAUUGUUGUGAGAUCUACUUGUACAUCAUCUAUCAUGUCAUAGUGUCACAUUUACAAUAAAUCUCAUGUCUUCAGAA